ACUGCUGCUACACGAAGAACACAGAGACACUGUUCCGUCAAAAUCAGCGUGCAAGAAUGGCAGACUGGGGAUCAAAGCUAGACAAAAGCAACGACAAAAGAAAAGCCGCGGUCGGACGGCCUGACAUCACCCUGCCGGAGGUGAUCCAGGCUUAUGAUACCUGGGCGGAGGACUAUGACAAGGACCAUGUAGGGGUUUUUGGCGGCCCUUUCCUGUCCUCAGCGGCCCUGGCGAAGGUGCUGGGCGACAACAGAGACGCUCUGAUUCUUGAUCUGGGGGCGGGGACGGGGCUGUGUGCUGAAGAGCUGUCUAAGUUAUCCUUCAAAAACGUCGACGCCAUCGAUGCCAGCCAGAAGAUGUUGGACAUCGCUGCCCAGAAGGGCUUAUACCGGAAGUACAUCUGUGCCAUCGUCACGAAUGAGCGGCUGGAUAUUGAAGACGAUACGUACGAUGGAAUCGUAUCAUCAGGGGCUUUUAACUGGGGUCACCUGAAGGUCAACUGUUUACCGGAACUGAUUCGUAUUGUCAAACCAGGUGGCUACAUCAGCUUCAUCAUGCGAGAAGAGUGCCUGUGGAAGGUACCUGAGUACAAGGACAGGUUGGAACCCGCCAUGUUGGAACUGCAGAACACAGGAGCCUGGGAACGAGUGUCACGUGACAUCGUUCUCAACUACCUCGGUGAAAUAAACGGUAUUGUGUACACGUACAGGGUUACUGCCCAGGGAAUGCCUGAAGAAAGAUUGCGAUCUUUCUAA